CAUCUGGGUGUGACUCAGCACUUCCUAAGAAGGACCAUCUAUAAAGCCUGAGUCCACAAGGCCCUGGCAGGGCUGAGAGGCCUGCUGUUGUGCUGCAGAAGAGGCCAGAAACAUCUCCAGCCAGUCUGCCUGUUGCUGCCUCUGGACUCCUUGCCUACUGCCCCCCUCCCUUUUUCCCAGCGCUGGCCUACUGCCCUCCUCGCUUUCCCCAGCAUUGGCUAUUGAACUAAGAGUCUGUCUUACUGAGGUCCACUCAUUAUUUAUAUAUUGCUGCUAUAACAAUCUUUAAAUGCUGUUAUAAUAACUAUUAUGCACUGUGGAGCCUGGUCCCCCUGACUAGUUUACUAAGUCUAUCAUCUCUAAUUGGUCCUGCCCUGGCACCUUAUAAUACCAUAUUGCACCAUAUUGAAUUAGUUCACCAUCAUAAUCCCCACUGCCUGCCUUGCACUUUAGUCAGCUCAGACCCCUAUACCUAUGCUGCUCAUGCACCCUCUGCACUUUACAACUGCAUUUGCACUUUGUAUUGUUGGAGGGGGGUGGGGGAGGCUGGAGGGUUAUGGGGACUGCAGGGUGGGGGAAGGGAAUGGGUGUGAAAGGAUGCCAAUCUAUAACAGAAAACUAGUAAACCAAAUAACAUCGUUUGGACCAGGGGAAGAGAAAGGGAAAGGACAGUGUGAUAGGGGAGGAGGGUGUUCUGAUGGGUGGGGAGCCCCUAUAGAGGUGGUGUCUGGGAGGGGGAGAUACGGGAAAGGGAGACCAAAUCAUUUAAUUCGGCCUAGGGUUUUUGGUAGGACAUUAAUAGUUCCAAAACGGUCUCCUGACAUAGCUAAUCUGGGUAGCCAGGAUGGCGGUCCCUCCAGGUUAAAGGUGGUGCUGUUUAAUGCCAGGUCAGUGAACGGAAAAACAUCUUUCAUCCAAGAUCUCAUCUUGGAUGAGCAUGUAGACCUGGCAUGUAUUACGGAGACCUGGCUGGACGAGAUGGGAGGAGUUAAUCUCACCCAGCUCUGCCCGCCAGGUUAUUCCGUACAGCACCAGCCGAGAACUGGAGGGAGGGGAGGUGGGGUCGCGGUGGUCUAUAAGGAUUCCAUCCCCCUGACCAGGUGCCCCGUCCCACAGUCGACCAUGUUUGAAUGUGUCCACCUGAGGGUGGGAGACCGGGACAGAUUAGGGAUUCUGUUAGUGUACCGACCACCCCGCUGCACUACAGUCUCCCUGCCUGAGCUAGCUGAGGUGGUCUCGGGCCUGGCGUUGGAGUCCCGGCGGCUCAUAGUGCUGGGGGACUUCAAUGUCCAUGCCGAGACCAACCUCUCAGGUGCAGCUCAGGACUUCAUGGCCGCCAUGGCAACCAUGGGGCUGUCCCAAUUAGUAACAGGCCCCACCCACAGUGCGGGACACACACUGGACUUGGUCUUCUGUCAGGGAUGGGAGGAAGGUGGCGGUGUGGAGGAGCUCACCAUCGCUCCGUUGCCAUGGACCGACCAUCACCUGAUCAGGUUUAGACUUACUGCGCCCCCCAACCUCUGCAGGGGUGGUGGACCUAAAAUGGUCCGCCCCAGGAGACUUAUGGAUCCAGAAGGAUUCCUGAUGACUCUUGGGGAAUUUCCCGCCUCCUCGGCAGGUGAUCCUGUUGAUGCUCUGGUCUCUCUCUGGAAUGGAGAGAUGACUAGGGCAAUAGACACGAUUGCUCCGGAGCGUCCCCUCUCGAGUAACCGAGCUAAACCAGCUCCUUGGUUUACUGAGGAGCUGGCAGCGAUGAAGCGAAAGAAGAGGGAACUAGAGUGCGUGUGGUGAUCA